ACACUUGUCUGAAGACCUUCUCCUUUCUCCGCAAAGCAACAUUCAAAUUGUCCAAAAGCCAAGAUCCAAUUUCCCAAUAAUGGAAGCUGAAAAACUGUUCCUGCUUUUUUCUCUUUUAAUGCUCCAAUUCUCAUCUUGUACAUCCCACGACUCCUUAAAGACGAACCAAACCAUUAAAGAAGGUGACCUUCUUAUCUCCAAAGGAAAUAACUUCGCACUGGGAUUUUUCAGUCCAGGUAGUUCUAGCAAUACAUAUCUUGGAAUUUGGUACCAUAAAGUACCAGAACAAACUGUGGUGUGGGUUGCAAACAGGAACGAUCCAAUCAUUGGUUCCUCUGGAUUUCUCUUUAUAGACCAAUAUGGAAACCUCGUUCUCCAUGGGAAAGAUGACCAAAAGCUUCCUGUGUGGUCUACAAAUGUUUCAGUGGAAGAAAAUGAUACUUGUGAAGCUCAACUCUUGGAUUCAGGAAAUUUGAUAUUGGUCAGGAAAAGAAGCAGAAAAACUGUAUGGCAAAGCUUCGAUUAUCCUACGAACAUCCUGCUUCCUGGAAUGAAACUGGGGCUGGAUCGAAAAUUAGGAAUUGAUCGGUUCCUAACAUCAUGGAGAUCAGCCGAAGACCCUGGGUUCGGGAACUUUUCAGUUAGGAUCAACGCAAAUGGCUUGCCACAAUUCUUCUUCUAUAAUGGUAAAAAGCCAAUUAGUAGAUCUCCCCCUUGGCCAUGGAGAAGUCAGAUGAGCUUAUACAAAAGCACCUUUGUAAAUGAUCCAGACGAAAAGUACUUUGUCUACACUGUUCCUGAUGAUUCUUAUCUGCUAAGAAUAAUAGUGGAUCAUUCAGGACAUGUAAAGGCGUUAACAUGGCGAGAAAGUGAUGGUCAGUGGAAGGAUUACUGGAAGACCCCACUGUUUCAGUGCGACUAUUAUGGACUGUGUGGUGCUGAUAGUACGUGUGAACUUACCAAUCAUAAUAGAUUUGGAUGUGCCUGUUUACCUGGGUUCGAGCCCAAGUACCCAAAGGAAUGGUCUACGAGAGAUGGAUCUGGUGGUUGUGUCAGGAAGCGGCUACAGACGUCUUCGUUGUGCGAUCAUGGAGAAGGGUUUGUGAAGAUGGAGAAUUACAGUCUUCCGGACACUUCUUCUGCAGCUUGGAUGGACAAGAGCAAGAGUCGUGCAGCCUGUGAACUGGAAUGCAAGAGGAAUUGUUCAUGCUCUGCAUACGCAAUCAUUAGAAUUCCUGGAAAAGGGGAAGGUUGUUUGACAUGGUACAAGGAAUUAGUAGACAUCAGAGAUGGAAGGAGUGAAAUUUAUGAUCUGUAUGUUCGUGUUGAUGCAUAUGAAUUAGCUAACAAUACGAGGAAGUCAAAUGUUUCUCAUGAAAAAACGAUGCUGGUCAUUUUAGUACCAUCAAUUGCAUCAUUAUGGUUUCUCAUUAGCCUAUCUGCUUAUUUGUGGCUCAAGAAGAGGGCAAAACAAGGUACUGAGCUGCAGGUAAAUAGCAAUUCUACUGAACUGGAAUAUUUCAAGCUCAGCACCAUAACGGCGGCCACUAACAACUUCUCUCCAGCUAACAAACUCGGGCAAGGUGGUUUUGGCUCGGUUUAUAAGGGUCUGCUAGCUAAUGGACAGGAGGUUGCAGUAAAAAGGUUAUCCAGAAGUUCAGGACAAGGAACAGAAGAAUUUAAAAAUGAAGUUAUGGUAAUUGCAAUGCUUCAACACAGAAAUCUUGUGAAACUUCUAGGUUAUUGCAUUCAGAACGAAGAACAAAUGUUAAUCUAUGAAUACUUGCCAAACAAAAGCUUAGACUCGUUUCUUUUUGAUGAAAGCAGAAGAUUGUUAUUGGUUUGGCGAAAACGCUUUGAUAUUAUUGUUGGAAUUGCUCGUGGGAUUUUAUAUCUUCACCAAGACUCCAGGUUGAGAAUCAUUCACAGGGAUUUAAAAUGCAGCAACAUUCUAUUGGAUGCAGAGAUGAACCCAAAAAUAUCAGAUUUCGGAAUGGCAAAAAUAUUUGGAAGCAACCAAACUGGAGAUAGGACAAGGAGAGUUGUAGGAACAUAUGGCUAUAUGUCACCAGAAUAUGCUGUGUUUGGAAACUUUUCUGUAAAAUCAGAUGUUUUCAGUUUUGGGGUCAUGUUGUUAGAGAUUGUGAGUGGCAAGAAGAACAAUAGAUUUUAUCAACAGAAUCCUCCCUUGACCUUGAUUGGAUAUGUGUGGGAAUUAUGGAGAGAAGAAAAAGCAUUGGAGAUAGUGGAUCCAUCACUGACGGAGUUGUAUGAUCCGCGUGAAGCCUUGAAAUGCAUACAGAUUGGUCUACUGUGCGUGCAAGAAGAUGCCACGGACAGACCAUCUAUGUUGGCAGUUGUUUUUAUGUUGAUUAGUGAAACAGAGAUUCCUUCUCCAAAACAACCUGCAUUCCUUUUUAGCAAAUCUGACAAAUUUCCUGAUAUAGCCUUAGAAGUAGAAGAUGGACAGUGUUCUGUAAAUGAGGUGACAAUUACUGAAAUUGCUAGUCGCUGAAGAAAGUAAUGAAAGAUUAGAGCUGUCUGAAUUUGAAGAACAGUUUCAACCUCCCUAAAUAGUCAUGUUUUCGCUUUGCCUUCCCCUCUCUCCUAGGGACAUGAGUUUUAGUUGGUUUUGGAACAUCCUUAAUUUACUACUGAAGAAACCAAGUAACUUGAUCGUUCUUGCUUGGAAUUGCUAAGAAGAAAGAAAUUUUGUUUUCGGUGUGUAUGGAAGUUCACUGAAAGAUACUAGAAUAGAAUGUAAAGAUUGAAACAGAAGUUUGAACUUUGAACUUUGAACUUUGGAUCUUGGUGUUGUCAGCAUGCAGGCCAACAGGUGGAAUUGAGUCGGGUUGUUCCUUGUCAUCUUCUUCUUCCUCAAAUAUUGUAUGAGGUUGUUUUGGAGAAGGAAUAGCUACUCAAGAACUACUCAACAUGAGAACAACAGCUAACAUGGAAUGUCUUCUCAUUGCGUCUUCUUGCAUGCACAAAACCGUAUCUGGCAAACUACCCCCUGGCCAUGAAAACACCCAGGAAGACCCAGACACUAGUUUUGUAAAUGAUCAAGAUGAGAUAUGUAUGACAUCUGUUGUCCCUCCUCUUAUACAAAGACAACAUUAGAGAUGAGUUGAUUUGUCACUCAAGGAGUUGUAUCAUCCUAAAGAAACCUUGAAAUGCAUUCGAAUUGGGUUUUUUAUGUGUGCAAGAACAUGCAAUGAA